AUGUCGCCGAAACGUUUGCGACAGCAGAACAAAACCGUGACUAUAUACAACAGCAAAAGCUCCAACGGAAAUGGCAAGAAGGUGGACAAGAAGCAGAGCUGCAGUUACGAGCAAUCGAGGAACAACCUGGAUAACUGGGAGUUCCACUUCAAAGCCGUCGAACUGGAUGAAGUCAAGUGCAUUUUGAAGUGCAAAGAACUGAUCGGAAUCCCUUUGAUAAUAGGAGCAGCGGUUUUGAGUAAAAAGGAAAUUCUGUUGAAUCUACUCAAGCAUGGGUACAACAUCAACGAAGCCGACAAGAAUAAUUGGACUCCGCUGUGCUGGGCUGUGAAGCUGAAGCAAACGGAGAUGGUGCAGUUCCUGUUGUCGAACAAUGCAGAUACGUCGAUCAAACCGAGCAAUGGCGACGGUAUUUUGUUCAUGGCUUUGGGCAAUAGCAUGUGGACAGAAGACAGUUUCCUGCUGCUUUGGAAUAGCUUCAAGAAUUUGGGCCAAAUCGAUGUGAACGCGACGAAUAAGAACGGCCUCAGCAUUAUGCAUCUAGCCAUAAGGAGGGAAUGGAAUGUCCUGCUGGAUAUUCUGCUAUCGUCCAAUGACAUCAACGUGAAUGCCGUGAAUCCUACAGGAGUAACACCACUGAUGUUGGCCAGUUACAGAAACGACUUUGGUAUAGUUUCGAAGCUGCUGGUGAAAGGGGCGAACGUGAAGCGAAGGAACGCAGAUGGAUUCACCGCUUUGUGUUAUGCGUUCUCUUCGGCGAUGCUGAAGAAUCUCGAACCACCUUUCUCCGUCAUCGAUAAACUUCAAGCGGAGAUGAUGAAGUCGAAGUUCUUCUUUUCUGAUUACCUUAAAGAUAGGCUAAAGAUUAUUUCCAGUCCCGCCAAGAAGAAUCACGUGGAUCAACCGACCGUGGCUCAGAUGCUACAACAUGUCUUCGGAUUUGUCGCCGGGAAAAUUGAGAGCGGCUUCGAGUUACUUUGGGAACAACUUAAUAUUGCUUCGUUGAUAAAAGAUGCUUUAGCUAAACAUUUGGAAAGUGGCGAAAAGGAGAAUCUUAAGUUGCCUUUGUUGGUUUUGAAUACGAUUAUGAAGAUCUACCCGUUCAACGAGUUGGAUUACGUAGUAGAGGGUCUGAUAAUGUGCGGCUGUUUGGAUUGUUGCAUGGAUGUGGUUAGACGUUUUGGAGAAGACGAACUGAUGUUUCUGGCUUUCUCUCCGAUUGCGUUUUGCAAAAUCACGCAUGAAAACGCUGCAGAUUGGCUGAACUCGAAUCGCGAGGACAUUCAGAUAUUCUGCAAGGCGUACAUCAACGUGCUCAACAAUAUGCAGGUAUCGCAGGGCGAUUUCAACUUGAUGCUCGGCAGAGUUGAAGGUUUGAAAAGGAGAACUUCCAAGCAGCACAUGCUCAUCGAUAAAUACGAGAAAAUCAAGAAAAACAAGCGACGGAAGUGCUUGAAGGUGAGGAAAUCGGAGGAGUUGAAGAUUGAGGAGGAAUUCGUUGAAACUGAUUGCGUUAACGCUAUCAAAACAGCUAUUGGUAUAGUCGACGAAGACAAGUUUCCGCAGCCACCGUCAAAGUCGAGAAGCAGUUUGAUAAAGGAGCAUUGGAAAACGGUAAUCCAAUCUUUGCCGUUCCACCAGUGCCAUUUCAUUAGUAAAGAUAAGAACGUCGAUUUGGCGAUCAAAUAUCUGGAGGGUCUUCUGGCUUUGAUCGUGAAUAAGUACAAGGUCAUGUGGGAAUUAGAUCGGCCGGUGGAACCAGAUUGCGAUGUCCUCGAUUUCACUCUGGAAGUGAAUCUGGAGAUGCAGCAGAACGUCGAGAAGGAGAAACUUCGUGCAGUGCACCGAGAGUUCUACAAUUUGACGAGGAACGUGAGGCAACUGUACGAAUCAGAUCCCGAUACCAGCGAGGUCCUUUUGAAGGAAUUGGAGAAAGUGCUGUUGAGUCACAGCAUUCGCGGUGAAACUAUCCUUAGCCAGGUGGCAUUGAUGGAGAUGGUUAAGGUUAAUGUGACAAUGCCCAUAGACUUCGAGAACGUACUCCCCAAAUACGUGGAGCGCGUGGUGAAUGGUGAGAUUGAAGAGCUGGAGGACGUAAAUAUUUCGGUGAUUGAGCACGUCGGCGCUCCAAAAAACUCGAAUCAGAAUGGGAUGGGUGAUUACGUGUACCUGAACGACAUCCCAAAACCUUGUGGAUGCCUGAAUCGCACCGAUUUCUACCAUUACGCCGUUUGCGAUGAAGACGACGGUAAAGUGUGUUGUGGACGCAUCUGUUCCAAGGAUUGCGAGGAGUCCGAGCUUCAGGAUUCGAGAUAUUGCUCUUUGUUGAGGAGUUUGGAGAUGAUGGAAGAUUCCCAAAGCUUCUUCAACGGUCGCAUUCGCAUCAGCAACGCGGAGAAGAGGAAGUCGCACAUUCUUUCGCCGAGCGGAAACUUCGCAGCUCUAGAGAUCGGACUAGGAGAGGAUAGUUUACCUCUGGCUGUGAAGUUCCUCUCGAAGAGCGAUGUUUUUGCGCCGCUUCUCAAGAAACUGAUCGAUCCUAUAAUCGAGCUCAAGCAUAAGAAUAUAAUGCAGUAUUACUUAUGCGCGUACGAGUCGAAUUUUCUUGUUGUAGCUACACCUCUGUGCGAGUACAAUUUGGGUCAGUACGUGCUGAAGAUGAAGCAGUCGCAGAUGAAGAUCUGUAGAUUCAACUUGAUCAAGCAGAUUUUAAGUGGACUUAUGUACUUGCACGAUCACGAUGAGCCGAUCGUGCAUGGAAACUUGAAACCAAGCAACGUCUUUAUCACGUUGAAUGGGACAGUUCGCUUGGCCGAGUUUGGAAUCCAUAAAGCGCUGUCGAAGGUCAAGAAUUUACCGCAAUCCACAAUAAUAUGGUUCGCGAGCGAAUGCUAUAAGCUGUACAAGCAGAACUUGCCUUUAGAAUGCACCUGCAGUUCGGACAUUCAAGUUGCUGGGAUGUUGGUACAUUUCGCGAUGAACUAUGGGGCGCAUCCAUUCGGAAAAGACGUGCCUGAUAUUCUGAAGAAUUUGGAAAAGGCCACUGCUCACAUCCUAUCCAAAGACAUGGAGCUCUACGAUUUGCUCACAUGGAUGCUGUUGGGAGAGCCCGGAGAGCGUCCUACCAUCCAUCAAGUCCUUUCACACAUUUUCUUCUGGUCGAACAAGAAGAAAUGGCGAUACGUACUGGCGUGUGCGGGCAUCGGCUCGAAGAUCCCCGUCGACGUGUCGAAGCUGCACUCCUCGUUGGAUAAAACCGCGCACAAGGAGAACAUCGUCGGCAAUUGCUGGGUGUUGACAGCCAAGAAGCAGUACCCACAAGCCACCUUCAUCGAGCAUAAUGACACACCAUCGGGACUCCUCAAGUUCAUCAAGUUUGUGGUCGAGAACAAUCUCAUCCUGCAGGACACCGCCGAGAAGUCGCUCAGCUGCUUCAUCCUGAACUCAUUCCCCUACUUCGCCCUGUCCCUUUACAGGAUGAUCGAGAAUACCGAGUGGUCCGAUCACAGAGUCUUCAUGCCCUUCCACAGCGUCGUCGAUUACUGA